AUGUUAGUAAAUGAAAUAAUUAUACAAAAAAUUAGAAAACUUUUGGAUUCUGCCAUAAAAUCUAACCUUAAGAGUAAAUCUUUGUACAGAAAAAUUUUAACAGAAUUUACUAAUUAUAAAGUAUCAAUUACAACAAAGACACAAAUAAAAAAUAUACCAAAUGUAGGACAAAAAACUGUAGAUCUUCUUCUCAAACACAUAAAUGAAGAAUUAAAGAAUCGUAUUGAUAAUUUAAAUGAUUUAGAAAAAUAUCAAUUAUUAUUGGAUAUAAAUGAUUAUAAUAGAAUUAAAGAUAAAUUAACAGAAUAUAAUACCAGUGUAAAUGCUUUUAUUUCAGAUAUUUCAGAUUCUGAUAUAAGUAUGAUCAAUAUAAACACUAAAGAUAUUAAUUCAACAGAGGCUGUAUAUUCUCCAAUUUUAAAGAGAAAAAAUACGCAAGUCCGCAAAGAAUACAUUCCAGGGUAUAGAACAGGUCCAUAUGCUAUUUUAAAGGCUUUGUGGAUAGAAGAUGGUACUACAAAACAUAAAAUAAUUUUUAUUGCUAAAAAUUAUUCUAACGCUGAUUUUGAUCUAACAUCUCGAAAUUCAGCAUGGUCGGGUAUGAAAACCUUGAUAGACAAAGAACUUGUUUACAAAGAAUCUGGAUCAAAAAAAUAUUUUUUAACUCAAAAAGGAAAAGAUUUAGCAAAUCAAAUAUUUAAAGACACAUCACUUAUUAAUAAUGAAGAGGAAGAUUUAGUAUUAGUAAUUGACUCAAGAGAAAUAAAAAGUCGAACAUGCAGAUCUUUUUUUCAGAAUUAUUUUGACAGCAAAGACAUAAAAUAUGACACAAGACUUUUAGAGGUCGGAGAUUUUGCAUGGAUAAAAAACGAAAUGAUAUGUGAUUUCAUAGUAGAACGAAAAUGUGGAUCAGAUUUCGUAAGUAGUCUAUCAGAUGGAAGAUUUAAAGAACAAAAAAAUAGACUUAAGGAUACGGGGAUAUCAAAUAUAUUUUAUAUUAUUGAGAAUUUGCAAUCAAAAGAUUUUAAAAAUAUUUCAAUAGAUUAUGGAUUUUCGUGUAUUACAUCAACAAAAUUAGAAGGAAUUACAGUUAUAGAAACUUCUGAUAUAAAAGAAACAGCUAGUGUUAUAGAGCAAAUACAUAAAAACAUUAUGGACUUAGACGAAAGUAAAAUUAAAAUGAGUUAUGGAAGUUUUAUAGAAAAAGGUACUAAAAGUAAAAAUACUGAUGUUAACCAAAUAUUGUUAUAUUGCUUUCUAUCAAUAUUUGGAAUUAAUGCCGAAAAAGCAAUAAAACUUUCAGAACAUUUUAAAACACUCAAUAAUUUUUAUAAAACAAAAAAUAAAGAAGAACUAAGAAAAGAAUUGCGUGAUGUGAAAUUUUGUCUUUCUAAAAAAAACAUAGAAGACAUUAUUAAAAUAAUGUAUUGUACUAAGGAAUAG